GUAAACCACACUGACAGUUCUGCACUGAUGGAGAGGAGGAAAUAUCCUUUAUCACAUGUGCACUAGGGUUAUGCUACCCUGAUGUCCAUUGUUGAGCCAGAAAGAGAGUGAAAAGGGCUAGGUCAGCCCCUGCUGACUGAGGCACACAAGCAAUACAACUGUACCGUGACCUCCUGAUGUCCGACGGAGCCAUGAGUGAACCCAAGGAUGUUAGUAGCAACCCUGUUGCUGCUACUUCAAUCUCACGUCAUGAGGAUGAUGAUGAUGAAGAACAAGACCUGAACAAGACCUUGGGGGUGCAGCGCUUUCAGCAGAUCCUCAGCCAACCUAUCCGUGGUCCUCCUGAAAAGCACCAUACCUUCAACGAGGAGGACAUUGAAUACCACCGUCAUUCUUCCCUCCAUAUACACCACCCACUGUCAAAACUUCCCCCGGAGGGGAAGAAGAAGAAGAGUGGCAAGAAGAAGAGGGAAGCAGGACGAAGGCGGAGAGCUGGUUCUGGUGAGGCCAGCGGAGCCCCCACCAUAGAAGAAGAAGAGGAAGAGGAUGGGAAGGAAGACACAACCACAGCAACCCCUGACACUGACAGUGAUAUGCACAAUGAGGAUGACCAGUUCUUCCUGUCAGAAGAUUGCCCUGCUGCAUCAAGCCCUUAUAAGAAUGGCCAUAUCCCUGUUCCUGGGCAAAUUACCAUUAUACCCCAGACAGCCCUGGACACAUGCACCAACCUACCAGAUGCCACUCCUACUGAUGAUACAGAUUCUAUCUGUGCUCCUCACAAAGGAAGGAACAGUCUGUCCCCUGUCCCCUCUGCUCUGUCCCUGGACUCCGCCAGCCCACCUAGCAGGGGUUCCACCCCCUCUUCAUCCUCCAAAGCGCCCCCAAGUGGCCGUGGCAGCUACGGCCUCAAUGAGAGGCGGCGCAUGGGCAACAUGACAGGCAGUCUGCACCGUGUUGCCACCGAUGACAGCGAAGCUCAGACGCUGGCCUCUGCAGACCUAGACGGCAUCAAGAGUCACCGGUUUGAGGAUGUGCCUGGAGUGCGACGUCACCUGGUCAAAAAGAGCCCCAAGAGACCGGUGGUGCACAUCACCAAGAACCACUCAGAACCCAGCGCCCGCAACCGCAAGUUGGAUCGCACCCCACAUGAGGUCUUUGUUGAGCUAAACGAGUUGGUGAUUAAUAAGAACCAGGAGAUGCAGUGGAGGGAGACGGCACGCUGGAUCAAGUUUGAAGAGGACGUGGAGGAGGAGACAGAGCGCUGGGGCAAACCGCAUGUGUCCUCGCUCUCUUUCCGUAGUCUGCUGGAGCUCCGCAAGACCAUCUCCCACGGCGCUGUACUUCUUGACUUGGAUCAGAAGACCUUGCCGGGUAUUGCUCAUCAGAUGGUGGAGCAGAUGAUCAUCUCAGACCAGAUUAAAGCUGAGGAUCGAGCCAAUGUCCUCAGAGCACUACUUUUAAAACACAGUCAUCCAAGUGAUGAGAAGGAGUACAGUUCCUUCUCCAGAAACCUCUCAGCAGCCAGUCUGGGUUCUCUGGUGGUGACUCACCAAAGCACCAACCAUGCAGGCCAGCCAGAGCCCUCUGUCACUGAGCCCCUCAUGGGUGAAAGAGGGGCCGCAGGGGCCCCCAUGGACACACACAUCGACGUGGAGAAGAAUGAGAAGGAUGCUCAUGCUGUGUUGGGCAUGCACAGGUCCAAGUCCAAGCAUGAGCUCAAGCUGCUGGAGAAGAUCCCUGAGAAUGCAGAAGCCACUGUGGUUCUCGUGGGCAGCGUGGCCUUCUUACAGCAACCCUCUAUGGUGUUCGUGCGCCUACAGGAGGCGGUCCUGCUGGAGUCUGUGUUGGAGGUGCCUGUUCCCGUGCGUUUCCUCUUCCUGCUGCUCGGCCCGCCCACCGCCAAUAUUGACUACCACCAGAUUGGGCGAUCCAUCUCUACGUUGAUGUCUGACAAGAACUUUCAUGAGGCUGCGUAUUCAGCGGAUGAGCAUCAGGAUCUGCUAAAUGCUAUCAACUGCUUCCUGGACUGCAGUAUUGUGCUGCCCCCAUCUGAGGUGGGUGGAGAGGAGCUACUGCGCUCAGUGGCUCGCUUCCAAAGAGAGAUGCUACGCAAGAGGGAAGAGCAGGAUGGAAAUCUACAGGCCAAAGAACCCAAGACCCAUAAAGACAAAGCUCUACAAUUGCCUUUCAAGCCUGUGGAUGAUCCCCUCCGAAGGUCAGGGCGAUUGUUUGGUGGACUGAUCUGUGACGCUGCACAGCGCUACCCCAAAUAUGUCAGCGACUUCAAAGAUGCGCUUAACCCUCAGUGCAUGGCUGCGAUCAUCUUUAUCUACUUUGCUGCCCUGUCACCUGCAAUCACCUUCGGUGGACUGCUGGGUGAGAAAACCGAGGGCCUCAUUGGUGUGUCUGAACUGAUCAUUGCCACUGCCAUGCAGGGGGUGGUCUUCAAUCUACUGGGGGCUCAGCCUCUUCUGGUCGUGGGUUUUUCUGGUCCCCUGCUGGUCUUCGAAGAGGCCUUCUACUCUUUCUGCAAAGCCAACUAUAUGGAGUACCUGACCGGCCGUGUGUGGAUCGGGUUCUGGCUGGUCCUCAUUGUGGUUAUCACCGUGGCCUUUGAGGGCAGUUUUCUGGUGCGCUUUGUCUCACGCUUCACCCAGGAGAUCUUCUCCUUCCUCAUCUCCCUCAUCUUCAUCUACGAGACUUUCUCUAAACUGGCCAAGAUUUUUCAAGAGCAUCCUCUCCAGAGCUGCUGUUCAGGUAUUAACUCGACAACGUUGGCGACAUGCAACACCACUGUGAAUAGUGUACCUGGGCAUUUUGCAGGAGAACCCAACACUGCCCUCUUGUCUCUGGUCCUCAUGUCUGGAACGUUCUUCAUCGCUUUCUAUCUCCGCAAGUUCAAGAACAGUUCUUUCUUCCCUGGUGGGCUCCGCAGAAUGAUUGGUGAUUUUGGGGUACCAAUUGCAAUUCUCAUCAUGGUGUUGGUGAACUUCAGCAUUACAGACACAUACACUCAGAAGCUGAGUGUGCCUCGAGGUCUCUCAGUGACCAGCCCACAGAAGCGAGGGUGGCUGAUCCCUCCUCUGGGUUCAGACGGACAGUUCCCCGUUUGGAUGAUGGCCGCCAGCAUCUUGCCAGCCCUGCUUGUUUUCAUCCUCAUCUUCAUGGAGACACAGAUUACUACACUGAUAGUGUGUAAGAAGGAGCGCAUGUUGGUAAAGGGAUCUGGGUUUCAUCUGGACCUCCUCAUCAUUGUGGCCAUGGGCGGGGUCUCAGCCCUCUUCGGACUGCCCUGGUUGGCUGCCACCACAGUGCGCUCGGUUACCCACGCCAAUGCCCUUACUGUCAUGAGCAAGGCUGUCGCCCCUGGUGACAAGCCUCGUAUCCAGGAAGUGAAGGAGCAAAGGGUGACUGGGCUUUUCGUGGCUUUGUUUGUUGGUCUGUCCAUAGUGAUCGGAGAUCUGCUGCGACAGAUCCCCCUUGCUGUGCUCUUUGGGAUCUUCCUCUACAUGGGUGUGAUGUCACUUAAUGGUAUCCAAUUUACAGAGCGCCUGUUGCUGCUGCUAAUGCCACCAAAGUACCACCCCGACCACACCUAUGUCCGCAAGGUGAAGACCCUGCGUAUGCACUUGUUUACAACUAUCCAGCUGAUAUCUUUGGCUGUGCUCUGGGCAGUCAUGUCCACUGUGGCUUCCCUUGCCUUCCCUUUUGUCCUGAUCCUCACAAUCCCAGUCAAGAUGUACCUCCUGCCUUGGAUCUUCACCAAGCGUGAGAUGCAGUGUUUGGACUCAGAUGAUGGAGAACCAACAUUUGAUGAGAAGGAGGGUCAGGAUGAAUACACUGAGAUGCACAUGCCCUUAUGAGCCAGCACUCUUUAUGGACCCAGGCAGCCAGGCCAACAUGACCAACAUUAUGCCAAAUUCUUCAAUAGUAUUCUGUGAUGGUUUGAUAGAUUUUUUGGGGGGGUUUAAAGGUACAAUAGGUGAGAUCUUUUCAGUUAAAGGAUUAUGUUUUGUCCCCUAAAAACAUGUUGUUUAAGCUAAUGAGGCCCUCUGAGAGUUGUUUAGCAACACAGCUAGCUCAGUGCCAGUGGAAUGUAAAUGUCUAAUUAUUGGAGUUGACCAUUAGUUACCAGACAAAUAUGUUCCAGAAAUCUGGUUCCAGCCAAUCUCCUUCAGCGAGGCAGACUUUCCUCCUUGCCUUAUUGUGUGAAACCACUGUCAAUCAAACUCAAGCUGGAGGAAAGCACAGAAGUUCAUUUGGGGGCACUGUUUCUCAUAUUUGAAUUAUCACAUUAUCUAGUGCAGCUUUAAUUUUCAGUACCAAAAUCAUGUUUUUUAUAUUUUGCAUUUUGGAGAGGGUAUUGUUUUGUUUGUAUUUUGGGGGGCUAAUGCUGCCAUAGUCCAUUUUGUAUGCAUUGUAUCUUUGGGGUAUUUUAGAUAGGAGUGUGACACACUGAUAUUGUACUAUAAUAUGCAAGUUUUAGUUCAAAUAUUCCUCAUUUACCAAGCACUUAAUUAAACUUUUGGUAGGAAAUAAUUAAAUACAUGUAUUCAAUUUGCCAUCAUCACAUGAUCACGUAUGGUACAUGUACAAUUUUGCACAAUAUCCAUCAUGCCGACUCCAAUAUAUGCACAAUUCCAUCUGGUAAUCAAGUAACACUCAUCAUGUAAGAGACCGUAGACUACUUUAAAACUAGAUGUAAUAAUAAUAAAAAUAAUAUUUUGAAUGAAGAAAUGUUCUCAGUGGGACAAAAUCGAAGCCCUCUUGAUCAUCACCAUUUACCUGACCGCUCAGUGGUUAGAGCACUGGAAAGCAGAACAAGAGGUCGUAGUUUCAACUAUUCCAUUUACUGUAAAUAUCUUUGGACUGAAGUGUCUGUUAAAUGACAUGAAUACAAACAGUUUCAUUCAAAUUAAUAAAGGGUACAGUUACUGGUACCUGGGUCACAUUUCUUCACUAUGAUUACCUUCAGAGAUAACAUAAAUAAUUAAGUAAACAGGGUUUGAAAAGCAUAAUGCAAGUAAAAAUACAUGUUUUUUACAUUU